CCACCUAACUGUUGUAGCUUGACGACACUGUUUCCCAAAUAUCCCUCCACGUUGCCGCAAUCUUCCCACCCCGCCCAUUAACUGGGAAUGGGAAGUUUUGGGAAUGACCUGCCGUGACCCCCCCACACCCCCCCAUCCACCGACUGAUGGACGUUAACCACAUCAACAUGCAGGGCGGUAAUUGUGAACCGGAGAGGCCCGCUCAUCCCCGGAUUUUCCCAACCUGCGAGGCCGGGAAGAGCGACCACCAGCCGGGGGAACGCAGCGUGGACUUCCCGGUGUCUGUGGUUCUUCCUGCAGGUGGCACCGGCGAGAGAACCGGACUGCAGACACCGAAACAGUUCUGCUCGUUUCUGGGUCGGCCGCUCAUAAGCUACACUGUCCAAGCUUUCGAGAGGGUGUCAUGGAUCCAGAGCAUUGUGGUUGUUGUUGCCAAAGAAAACGUAGACCUGAUGACGGACAUCAUCCAGCGCUUCCAGCACAGGAAGGUUCGAGUGGUACCAGGCGGCUCGACUCGUCACAGGUCGAUAUGUAACGGAGUCCUGGCCCUGGGCGAGGGGGAGGAGGCGGCGGCGGCGGACAGACCAAAGGUGGUCAUCAUCCACGAUGCCGUGCGGCCUUUCGUGGAGGAGGAUUUUCUGUACAAGAUAGCCAUGGCUGCCAAGGAACAAGGGGCAGCGGGAGCUAUCCGACCUCUUGUUUCCACGGUGAUAGCGACCACAACGGAGGGCUACCUGGAUCAUUCUCUGGAGCGAGCCAAGUACAGAGCCAGCGAGAUGCCUCAGGGAUUCACAUACGAUGUCAUCUAUCAAGCCUAUCAGAGGUGCAGCGAGUCAGACUUUGAGUUUGGCACCGAGUGUCUCCAUCUGGCUCUGCAGUACUGUGGCACCAAUGCCAAGCUCAUCCAGGGUCCGCCAACACUGUGGAAGGUGACCUACAAAAGGGAUUUGGCUGCUGCAGAGUCCAUUAUCAAAGAGACUCUGUCGCAGUCGGCCUGUGCUGUCACAGGUGGAUCCACACAAGCUGUGACGCUGGCUGAUGCCCUUCAGAAGGCUGUUGGAGCUCUUGAAAUGGAGCUGGAUGUCAUCCCAGAUCUGAUGGGAGAAAACGCCAGGUAUCUAUUAAAGGAGUGGAACUUCAUCCAGGUUUCUGUCAAUCGUUCCUGCCUGUCUGAAGUGGAGGCCUUGUUGACGGAUUUGGAGGCAGCAAAUCGGGCUCUUCUCCAUCCGCUGGUCGUCAUUUGGGUGCAUUUGAGCGCUUCAGAUGAGCUGUCCAUCAGUGGGAGAAUGGCAGAGCUAGCAACUAUAAUGGAUCUGGCCGCAGCAGCCAAGCUCCGUAAUAUUCUCCUCUACGGCAUCCAGCUUCAUCAAUCAAAGGACACCGAGCGUUGGGACAGGUCAGUCUUGAAGGUCGCUGAGAUCACAUCAGCUCUGAUCCGGGAGAGGAGCCCUGCCCUGGUGGGACAGCUUCUGCAGGCGUGAGGGGAAGCAGCACCAACAGGAAAUCCCGCUGCAUGGAUGAGGCGUCUUUUUUCUGUUCUAAAUCCAUCUCUUUAUCAGAUAUAACAAGGUUAAAGGGAUACUCCGACGUUUAAGUACUGCUUUUCCAUAAAGUUUGGGGGCUUUCUAGAGAUCAACUUGAAGGCAGAGAUAUCCUGAGUUUUAUUCCCAGGUGUGCUUCAGGCUCCAGAAUCCACUUUCUAUACAAUUCAUUAGCAUCAUUUUGGUAAACCGGACUGUAAUUCAGGUUUCUGCUAAAAAUGUGGCAGUGAAAGGUUCAGCUAGUCUUUACUAUAGUCAACCAACAUUUGACCGCAGUGGUUUAGUCUAAAAACAUGUUUGGUUGGUAAAAUGGCGGUUUUGUUUUGUUUUUUUGGAUGCACCAGUGGCAAAUGAAAGAGAAAGUUACGUCUCCUGUCCACAUUAGUCACAAAAACAACAACCAUAUUUGCAAUCAUGCCACUGAUGGGAAGUUAAAACUGACUGAUUUUAAAGCUGCUGUAUGUUUUUCUUGUUUUUUAGUCCCCAAUUUUGUCCUCAGAUCAUAAUUUUUGUGAAUGAUUGAGUGUGUUUAAGUAGCACCUAUGCGAACACUGUCACUGCUGUAAGUUAGAGAGGCUACCUGUCAUCCAGGCUUUGUAUAAAUAACACGUGUUUAUGAUAAUCAUUUGGCAACCAGGGUAGUCAUAUUCACUGCUUGAAUCGGACCUUAUUGUACCAGAGGCCUGAAAAGCCGCCUCUGUUUCAUCCUGUUCAUACCUGGUCGUCAUUAUUCUUUAAACGAGUGCUGAUUAAUUAUGCUCAUAAUCAGUUAUUUCUAUUUGUGGGCUUUGUGGACACCAGAAAACACAAAAUAUACACAUGAGAAGCAGUAAAGUGCAGAAUGACCUGCUGUCAGACUUUGAUUUCAUGGGUCCUGUUGAUGAUUGCAGGAUGACUGCCCCCGAAACUGUCAGUCCAGAUGACCUUAUGUUUGUAAAAGAUCUGUAUGAACAUGAACAACAGUAUAUACCCCCACCCCCCAAAAUGCUGUCAAAUGGUUUAUCAGUGAAGUGACAAGUGAUUGAGGAGCACUUUGGGUGAUAUUGAUAACAGCUCAACUACUGUACUGGAUAAAGUGACUGGAACACUAAUGUAAUAAGAGGGUGCUUAUAUUUUUGUACUCCAUUGAAACAAUAAAUAUGGUGUAAUAAAGAUGUUUUUUUUAUAUUA